CGGAGUAAUAACUGCGGGCUGUGCACAUGACGCGUCGAGCUUCACAGUCGCGUUCACCACGCGCCUCAACAUCAAAGACAAAGAUCCUCGUCUGCAGGUAUGAUAUGAUACGACACUCUGGAUUCUAGAGUGACAAGCUGUAUGGCCAGGAUUUCAAUGCCAUGUUCACCUUGAUAAGACCCAGUGAAAACUAUCGCCAGAAUCUUGGCAAGAGGCCGUCGUAAGCAUGUCGUCGUCGCCUCAGGUACCAGCCACCAACGUCAAAAUCGAGGGGCGUCAGAAUCGAGAUGGCAACGGUAGCGGCACAACGGAUGCAACUCCAGAUCUGGCAAAUCUAACGAUCCGCACGCCAGGCCGGCUCGCUGCCCGCGGCACCAGCGUCCCUCAGCGGACGCCGACAACCCAGACCACUAGGACCGGCGCUGGCCCAACCAGUUCCGGCGGCGCCCCUCGGACCGCCAAUGGCCUCUCGGCAUCUGCUCGCCGCCUGCGUGUCACGUCCGUCACCAACACGGCAACGCCUCAUGCCCGCCGGGCGAUUGAGGUGUUCAAGGGCCGCCGGACCGCCAUCUUCAACACGCCUGGCGGCCGUCGCAAGACCCUGGGCGCUAACAAGCGACGCGCUUCCCAGGGCGGGCCGGACCCGCAAAAGGAUGGCCCUUUUGAUGCCCUGCGCCACCUGAGUAGGCGCCUGGCGCCUCAAACUGAGCGUGUCGUCACCUCGUCGAGUCCGGGGGAUGUCAGCAAUGUCGCCGGCGGGGCGGAAUCCGCUCGCCGCGCGCAGGAUCUGUCCGGGAUAUUCAUCGACGAGGACGACGAGGAUGACGACUCCGGGUUCAUUGAGCGUCGACCCCGGCUGUCGCUGCCUAUCGAUGCGGGGGAUGACGACGAGGUUGAGCUGAGGCCGCCGAGGACUUCGGGCUUGGAGAACAUUACCGAUGACACCGUCAUGUCCAUCGAAGCCCCGCGCCGUGCCAUUAGCGAGCAGCCGUAUAGGAGGGCCGGCCGUGAUAGUCUAAGGAUGAGCGAUUAUUUCGGAAACGGCCAGGACGACUUUACAGUUGAAAUCGGGCAGGAUUUUGAUGAUCCGAUACCGCCCGCUUUUGACGACGGCGAUACCGUCAGACUAGAGAACGAUACCAUCGAGAGGCUUGAUUCGCCGCAGGGCCGGCAGGACGCUUUGGCCGCCGGUCGUCAGAGCGACUUUGGCACAAUCGAGGUUCCUUUAGGCGUUGAUAGCCCUUUUCGACUCGAGCCGGUUCUUCAAGACUCCUCUGAUCCAGCACCACUGCCGCCACCAGACUUUGAUAAUUAUGGUGACGGUUCUCCGGCACCGCAAAUGAACGGAGACGAAGAAGCUACUGAAUAUGAAAAUGUUUUUGCGGAGGCCGCACACGCAGCUGGAACUAGAUUUGGCGCGGUCGGUGAUGUUGAUGGUUUUGAAGACAUAGACGACGAGACCGAAAUGGCCGAUGACCAACCAGAUGACCAGGUCUCUACGAAACUGCAAUCAAGGACAGGCAAGAAGAAACUUGGAUUGAAAAUAUCCAAGUAUGGACACUCAUGUCCCUCAUUACCGGCCCCGGUUGUGAAGAGGCUGGCAGAGACCAUUGCUCGUACCAGCGGCAUUGGAAAUGCCAAGAUCACUCCAGAGACGCUUCAGGCGUUGAUGCAAUCGACAGAAUGGUUCUUUGAGCAGAUGGGCGACGACCUGCGUGCCCUGGCUCAUCAUGCUGGCCGGAAGACCAUUGAGCAGAGCGACGUGAUCACAUUGAUGAAAAGGCAGAGGCAGAUCGAUUCGCAGGCUACACUCUUCUCGCUUGCUCAAAGACAUCUCCCAAGGGAACUGCUGCAAGUGCUGCGGAUGCCGGCUCGGGCACCUCUCAAGAAGCGCCGUAAAGCCACUGGACAUGCCACGUCUCUUGAUGAGACGUGAACUGGGAUAGGUUUUGAUUGGACGGGAUUCAAUAUCACAAACACUUGUGCGAAUCCAUCGCAGAACUUCUCACCCACAUCGAUGCGCCAACCAAAAAGGUUAGCGUAGAUGCCAAGCACGCUUGAGUAGCAAGCGUAACACUACCAGCUGUAGUUCUUCCGAACACGGCGGGUCACAUCCUUUGACGGCUUCUUGACCACCAAAUAGAACAUGAUCGACGUCGCGGCGGCCAGCGCAUACCUGAAUAGAGGCACGGUUAGCUUCGGCUUUAUUUGAGACAUCUGUACCAAAAAGGAGGUAGAUGCCGAUUGGACACCUGCAGCAGCUAUCACACACUGGUGCUUGAAAUAGGGGGCGCUAGAAAUGAGCGAAGGGUAGUCGACGUUGACUUACCAAGUAAAAAUGUACUGGGCAUGAUUAUUCCUGAGGUUAACCUCGGCUGCCCUGCCAAUCGGAAUGCCCUUGCGUUGCAUUUCAAGAACCUCUAAUAACCCCGGCUCUAAACAUCAAGAUACCCAAUAUUAGUCAUUAAUUAUAUGGAGCUGGAAGAAAAAAAAAAGAAUGCUCAACUUACCCAUCGUAGACUCAA